CCGCCGCGUAUUCCACCAUGUCCGGCACAGGUCCACGAGAGAAUAUCUUUCCGACGCGUAUGGCUCUGACCAACACUAAGCUUCGACUCAAAGGAGCACAGACAGGGCACUCGCUACUCGCGAAGAAACGAGAUGCUUUGACGACCCGUUUCAGGGCUAUUUUACGCAAGGUUGACGAGGCAAAGCGCAAGAUGGGCAGGGUGAUGCAGCUUGCCUCCUUCUCUUUGGCCGAGGUUACAUACGCGACCGGAGACAUCUCGUUCCUUGUCCAGGAACAGGCAAAGUCUGCGUCAUUCAAAGUCAAGGCGAAGCAGGAGAACGUAUCCGGUGUCGUACUUCCCGCAUUCGACGUAGACAGGGUACCCGGCACAGAUUUCAACCUGACCGGUCUUGGCCGUGGUGGUCAGCAAGUCCUACGGUCCAAGGAGGUCUAUGCCAAGGCCGUAGUAACGUUGGUCGAACUUGCGUCUCUGCAGGCUGCGUUCAUGAUUCUCGAUGAAGUCAUCCGAGCCACGAAUCGCCGAGUAAAUGCCAUUGAACACGUCGUCAUCCCGAGACUAGAAAAUACGAUCAAGUAUAUUAACAGCGAACUGGACGAGAUGGACAGAGAAGAGUUCUUCCGACUGAAGAAGAUCCAGGGUAAGAAGAAGCGGGAUGCAGGCAAAGCAGACGCGGAAAGAGAGGCACUUGAAGCAGGCAAUCGUGAGCAGCAAAGUACUGGCACAGUUUCUCAAGCGGAAGAAGUUGCGGGGGUAGGAGAAAGUAGCGACCUGCUCGGCACCAAAGACGAGGACAUCAUCUUCUAACCCUGUCGCAUCCCCCCCCCCCUCCAGUCUCUUCUCGCCACACUUGAAUGUAAUGUAUUCGCACGCCAGCAUCAAUACAUAUACCACUCU